CCGGCCGGCGGCGCCAAGCCCUGCUCCAAAACUUUCGGCACCAUGCACGAGCUGGUGAACCACGUCACGGUGGAGCACGUGGGCGGCCCCGAGCAGAGCAGCCACGUCUGCUUCUGGGAGGACUGUCCGCGCGAGGGCAAGCCCUUCAAGGCCAAGUACAAGCUCAUCAACCACAUCCGCGUGCACACCGGCGAGAAGCCCUUCCCCUGCCCCUUCCCGGGUUGCGGCAAGGUCUUCGCGCGCUCCGAGAACCUCAAGAUCCACAAGCGCACUCAUACAG